GGUCAGAGUUCGCCAGUAGAUCAUUGAUCAUCAUCAAACCAAAAGCUUUACUUUUCACUUUUCGUUGACUUCUACUCAACCGUCACGCAAACGGGGAAACUUCUAUUCGACUGGUACCUCUGUCUACAACUCAUCGUAGAUCACAGUCAUCAACCCAAAUAACAAGAUGGAGUCUUCCACCUCAACUGGUGGACUUCCACCUGAUUUGUUCGACGUAACGACUUUGCAAAGUCUUGCGGCUGUGGUGGUGAUACUUUCGAUUGCUUACGGCACAUCUCUCAAGGCUCUGUCACCAACAACGCCUGGAUCUCUUCGGUUCCUGUUCAUAUGGCAUAUGUUCGACGCGUUGAUUCACUUCGCGCUCGAAGGUAGUUUUCUCUACCACUGCUUUUUCAGCUGGCUGCCGGUGUCCGACCUCACUGUGAAGGAAGUGGCCAAGUUUUACCCCACACCGGAGAGCUUCCUCGGAACCUCAAACCGAAUCUAUGGUUCUCAGGCUGGCAAGGGCUUUUGGGCAGACCUCUGGAUGGUCUACGCCAAGGCGGAUAAGCGGUGGGCUGGAGCUGACUUGACUGUCAUCAGCCUUGAACUCCUUACCGUCUUUGUGGUCGGCCCAAUGGCAGUUUGGGUGUGCUACGAUAUUGCUAAGAAGAAUCCCCGUCACAACAUCACCAUGAUCAUGCUGGCAACUGCAGAGAUCUACGGAGGAUUUAUGACCUUUUGCCCAGAGUGGCUGACUAGCAAUAUAAACCUCGACGGCAGUAACUUCAUAUAUCUCUGGUUUUACCUUGUCUUUUUCAACAUGCUCUGGGUAUUUAUCCCGAUCUACUCUAUCUAUGUCGGCAGCAAAGACAUCUUCGAUGCAUUUUCUGUUCGGGCUGCGGCUGGACAGGUCAAAAAGAAGCAGAAGUAAGCAUGGAGGACGGCUUGAGGGACUCAACCAUGCUUUGGUCUUACUGCAUCUAGAUUCGAUAUGGGAACAGUCCGCCGGAAUCAUAACUAAUACAAACAAAAUCUGUUUUAUGUUCGACAUGGGCGUCUGAGACCGGACUUUUUGCCAAGCCAAGUAGACGGCCAUAUGCCUCCUCAGGACACCAGCCAAAAGGGAGCUUGCUUGUGCGGUUUUUUUUUUUGCCCCCUGCAGUUUCUUCCUCUUACUAGCGCAUACCUGAGGGUAUGGAAAUAGUUAGAAAGCAACUCAGCAAGUUCCAUAGGUCAAUAGGCCAGCAUUUGGGUGCUCCGCAGCAAAAAAAAAAAAAGUCGCGCAU